AUGAAGGCUUAAGGAUUAAAAAAUAUUUAAUAGAAAUAUACACAGUUUGCAUAUCAUCAAAGAUCUCAAAAUAAUCUAUUGAAUCUCAAACAUUAGCAAGAUAAUAAUUUUCAAAAGAAUAAUGAACUGGACACUUUAUCUAAGUUGAAAGAGCUCAAUGAAAUUAAUGAGAGAAUUUAAGAUUAUCAAUUGUAAGCUACUUAAUCUAAAAUAGACUUAAAUAUCAUAAGAGGUCUCUUAGUUCUUAAAGCAAUGUAGAAGGGUUUUUAAAUCUUAAGGAUCAAUAGAUCUUUCUAUAUUUACCUUAUCAUCACUGUAAAUAGCAUAGAAGAUAAGUUAUAAGAAAAUUAUGGAAGAAAUACAUUAAUGUCAUAAUCUCAUUAUUUAGAUAUGAAAGAGCAAGAAAUGAUAUAUACAGAUUUUAUAUUCCCAGGAAAAAACUCUAUGCUUUACCAACUCCUGACACAUUGCCAAGGAAUCCAAGAAAAAGAAAAAAAGAUUGUUUAUUAAAAUUAGGAACCUUUGGUGAAUACAUAGAAGCUUAAGACGAAUUAGAAGCUAAAUAAAAAAGGAAAGAAAUACCUAAUUUCAAGAAAUCCCCCAUUUAUCUAAAAUAUCAAUCGAGUCAAGUUAGAAUUAAUAGAAUAUUAACAAAAAGAAAUAAUAACAAUAGCAUUUCUGCAGAUAAUCUAAGACUAUCUCCUAAGAAGGUGAUUAACAAACUAAAGUGUAACUUAACUCUUCCUCCUCUUAUAAAAUUAGAUAAAAGAUUGCAAAGAGUAUUUUCAAAUCUUGGCAAAUGA